AUGGUAUCAUCGUCGUCAUCAUCAUCUACUACUUCUUCUUCUUCUUCCUCUUCAACAAUCAAACAAAAACAUCAUUUGAAUCAGUUUACAGAUAGUGAUGACUUGUUAUAUUCUAUAGGAAAAUAUAUUAGAACUAAUGGUAUGCAAUCUACUACUACUACUACUUUAUUAUCAUCAAUCAAACAAUCAAAGAAAGGAUUGAAAUUAGGUGAAACAACAUUAUAUUUGAAUCCAUCUUGUCUUGAAUAUCUUAAUAUCUAUCUAAGUGGAAAGAGAGUAUCAUUCAAAGUCAAUAAGAAUGAACUGUUGGAUAUUCAAUUCAUUAUUUCAAUGAUUAGACAUUUGAAGCUCGAUUCAAAUAUACCAGAAGUACUCGAGAAAUGGAAGGAAUUAGAUCUAACGUUAUUCGAAUCUUUGAAAGUUUUAGAAAUCAACUAUAUAAAACCUGCAUUAAUUAGUAAUCUUUUAACAAUUUCACAAUUCUUAACAAAAAUAUCUAUUCAUCAAUCAUUAUAUUCGUUGGAUGAAUUGAUUGUUGUCGAAGAUGAGACCAAACUAAGACAGUACAACGAAGUUAGAAAGUUGAAUUUCGGUCAGACCGAUCCAUUGGAGAUUCAAUUCAAAAGAUUUCAAGAACUUUACAUUAGAAAUUCUAUUUGGUCUAAACUAGCUAUUCUAGAUUGUUCAUUCAAUUAUAUUCCUAAAAUCGAUAGUUCAAUGUAUUCAUUGAUAGCAUUGGAAAAAUUGAAUUUAGAAGAUUCUUGGAUUUGUUACACAUUUGAACUUGCGAAACAAUCUGUUGACACACGUCGAUGGUCUGUGCCGUCUGUUUGGCAUGGAGUAUCUCGAUAUCAGUCGCAACCAGAUUCGCGAGAUCGACGAAGUCAACAAACUGAAAUCACUACCACAACUGCAAUGUCUAAACAUCGAAGGCAAUCCACUCUAGGUUAUAUAUUAACUUCUUUCUUUGGUGAAGACAUGAAUAUAUUAGAGAUAAAAGAAUUCUAUUUGGAUGGUAAUAGUAUCUCUCAGAAUGAUAUUGAAUUUAUAAAGAAGAAUUCGGGAACUAGACAUCAAUCGUUGAGAGACAUAUCGAUUACAGGUGGUGGUGGUGGAAGUAGUGGCGCUGGCAGUGGAAGUAGUGGCAGCAUUCUUGGUUCCGCCAAGAAAAAGUCAAACAAGAUCAAACCGAUGAAAGAGGAUGAAUCGACACCCGCUCUCUUCAUUGCACCCAACGCAAAGAUAUCGAGACCCGACAGCAUUUCACCGGUCAUCGUUUCACCGACCGGCCAUAAACAAUCUACGAUCCUGCAGCGAACCGUCGACUUGGAGAGUGUCUCUCCGGAGUCCGGUUCCAUCUACUAUCAGAACGAAGCGAAACAAGAAGACAAAUUCGAAGAGGAGAACAAGCUGCUCAAGAAAAUCAGUGAUCUCCGUAAUGAAGGUGGUAACGCAUGGCUGAGGAUUCUCAAUGAAAUGGAACAUGAUCCUGAUAUUGGUGAUGCUAUUUCCAACAAUUUAAAUAACAAUAACAAUAGUAGUAAUAAUACAACAACAACAACAAAUCAACAACAACAACAACAACAACCAUUGAUUGUAACAACAGAAAGAAGAAUUAUAAAGAAAAAGAUUAGAAAGGGUAAGGUCAGACCAAGAUCUGAGGUAAUUGCCAAUCCAGAUUCCAUUGGAACAUCUUCGACUGUUUCCACUUCACCCAAACCAGUUUCACCACUUUCCAAUCAACUUCCAUCGUCUGCAUCACCAAUUAACACCAGUAGUAACAACACUCCAAACUAUUCAAAUUCACCAACUUCAUCAUCAUCAUCAACAGCAACAGCAACCACAAUGUCAACAACAACAACAACAACAACAUCUAUUCCUAAUGAAGAUCAAUCUGCAGUUGCCACAGACAAACCAAGUGCUCAAUUCAAUAAGAAUAUUAAAGAGGAACCAUCGAAUCCAUCACCGAAAGUAGUAACCAAGAUUCGUCCCAAAUCGGAAUUCAUUGGCAAAGCAGACUUGCAAUCUCUCAGAGAAUCGAUCAACAACACCGUUUGGCAAAAAGAAAAGGAACGAAAACCACAAGCAAAUCCUAACGAACCAAACCAUCACAAGAACGAAACCAAACAACAAAUUAAUAAGAUGGUUGAUGAUCCAAAUUCUAAAUUAUUAUGUGAACCAUUCUUUGUUGUUAAAUACGGCACAAAUACAGAGAUUCUUUUGGAACUUAAAUCUGACUUGAUAAGUGAAACCAAUCCAACUACCGGUAGUUCAAUUAAAACUCAUCUAUUAAAUACAAUUGUAUUUGUAAAGAAAUAUUCAAGACCAAUGGAAUUAAUUGAGAUUACCUAUGGUAAGGAUUUUAAGGAUGGCGUACCAACGGAUUUCUUUAAGGAUGUUUAUAUUAUGGAGGAUCAACAAACUGCUGAUCUGCUUGCGAAUACUCUGAGACCGAUGAUCAAAGAGUACACUAUGAGUUGUAUGGAUUGCUCGGAGCGUUACACCUGUCGUGAGGAGCAUGAGUUCAGUCAGUGUGUAAAGUGUCACUCAAAGUACCUGUUCUUUGUGCCUUCGCCAAAGAUUAGUUCGCAGCCACUGGUUAUCACCGAGCCAAUCCCACUCGGUAGCAACACACCGGCGUCAUUCUCACUCUCAACCACACCCAGCAGUAUGAGUUCAUCGAUUCAAGCGUUGCUCUCGUCAUCACAGCCAAACGACCAAUCGCUAUUCGGCGGUAAUCGUAUCGAUACGAACGACGAUGACUUUAACAACCGUGUCUACUCCGACCAGAAUCUCCAACUGCACUUCCGUCUGAAUCUAUUCACCGGUGGAAGUCAAGAAACUUACAUCUAUAUGAUGCAAUCCAAUUACGUUAGAUAUAACACACAAGAAGAGGAAAAAUCCAUUUAUUUAUUACUCACUUCCAAGACACUUUAUUUAUUGAAACGUGAAAAGAAAAUAAUUGGACCGGAUCAAGGAUUCACUAAGGUUGGUGCCUACUCUUUCAAGGAAAUCAAAAAGAUUAGUAUUGGUCUGCUAUAUCAAUUCUUUAGAAUUGAACUUGAAGAUGUUUGUUAUGUAUUUUUAAAGAGAGCACAUGAUCCAACUCAUAAAUUCCUCGAUUUAUUAUUUGACGCAGCAAAGAAAGAUGGUAUAACUAAUCUUGAACCAUACUUUAGAAUCGCCGAUACUAUGUUCAAUAUCAAUUUGGUGACAGAGACAAAGAAUGAUUUCCAAUUGUUUAUUAUGUUGCAUCAUAGAGUGUCGUCGUCAAAGAUCAAUCCGAGAAGUUUGAUUGUCACCAACGACAAGGUGUUUAUGUGUCAGGAGAACUAUAUUCAAUGGCCAUUGCUGAAUAAGAAUAUCAAGACGACCGCACCACAAUUCACACUGGUCAAAUCGUUCAAGAUCACCGAUAUCUCCAACCUCCAAUUCAAUGCAGCCAAACCAACAGAGCUAACCAUCAACUUUGAAAUCGAGGGCAGUGGCGAAGGUCCACAGCUAUGGAGUAUCAUAACCUCACACGCUGUCGAAUACACAUCAACAGCAACAACAUUCAUUCAAGUUGAACAAGUAGAUGCCGAAGCUACCUUAACAGCAUCGUUAUACAAUGGAUUUGCACUAAUAGGUGCAAAUCAGAAUUCAAAGAUGCCUUUUGUCACAUUAUUAACAAAAGCAAAUCCAGAAAUUCCAUUUUCAAGUAAUAAUAGUUAUAGUAUAACCCAGAUUUUCAGUGAUCCUAACAAGCAGUAUGGAUCGACGGUUGCAGUGGGACCUGGUACCUAUAAUCAUUCGGCGAUAGUGGUUGGCGCCAUUGGAUCACCGAGCGAGAAUACCAUCUACAUCUUCAAUCUCAACGAAUGCUCGACAACCAGAUAUUGUGAUCCACUGAUAUCUUUUAUUCCACCGGUAUCAGCCAAUACCAAACAACAACAAACUCAACAAUCCAAUGAAAACACAAAUACAUAUUCAUUAAUUGAAUAUAAUAGGAUAACCAAUCAAACAAUAAGAUAUCCAGUGAACGAUCACCAUAAUCCUAUUUCGAUUUCAAAGGACUGUCAAAUUGGAACACUAAUUAGCGUCGGUCCAAACUUUAUUGUAACAUCAUGCCAAAACAAUCUAUUGAAUAUCAAAAGAUCAUCUGCACCACUUGCCAUUUGUUUUUUGAAUUUUGAUAAUACUACAAAUAAUUGUACAGAUAUAAUAUUAUGGGAUGAUAAAUUCCAUCCUUGUCAACAUGCACGUGGACAACUCUAUGUGACUGCAUUGGAUUCCGAUGGUCCAGUAGUAACAUUCUCAUAUUGCGCAGUCUGUAUGACACCUUCAAACUCUACACUCUUAGAAGUCCAAUAUGUCAGUGCAUUCAUUACACUAAAUAUUACCAGUCCAACUGACAUUAACAUUCUUUCGACUGUCUACAAUACAAAUAGAACAAAAUCAUGUCCAUCUUCUAUUUCAAUUAAUUCACAAUGGAUCGCUAUGGGUUAUGAUCAAGAUGGAGGUGUCGAUUUGUAUGAAUCAACGAAUUUCAUAAAUUAUACAUAUUUUGAAACGAUUGCCGGCGAGUCUGCUGGAUUCGGAGCGAUCGUUGAUAUGGAUAGCGAUUUGUUGGUGGUUUCGUCGCCUGGAAAUCCAACACAUCAAAUGGCAGCGUACGUCUAUUUCUAUGAGAUAUUCCGCGAUGCCAAUGGCAGUGCCGUUCACAUCGACAUCGAAGCAUCGGUGCCAAGUCUAAACUAUAAGACAGUCUACGACUAUGGCUAUUUCAUUUCGUUCUACGACGACGAACUACUGCUGAUCUCACUCGACGAAACUCAGACGAAAUACGCAUACAAUGUCUACUCGGUUUGUCCCGCCGGCCAAGAGUGGUACUCACAGGACACCAUUUGUAAGGCGUGUCCUUUCGGUCAGUAUAAAAUGGUGUCUAACCCGAUGUCCAAUACCUCUUUUGAAUUGUGUUAUCCAUGUCCUGCUGGCUACUACACCGGUAAUAUCACUGGUAUUCGAACGAUCAACGACUGUAAAGUGGUAAAGUGUAAUGCCACCACACAAUAUUGUCCGGAUGGAAGUGUUUGGCCAAUAGAUAACAUCAUUGUCGACUACACAUCGGUUUCCAAUCCGAAUCCAAUCUCCACCGAUACAUUGGAUUUCGAGAGUACCUUCUAUAACUCCUAUCCUUGGUUCCUUGUUAUUCUUGGAUUCUCGUUGAUUCUCACCAUCAGUAUUUGCUUGCCAUGGCCAAGAUACAACGUUUUCCAAGCGGCACUCAUCAAGAUACUGCUAAAAGUAAACUUUUACGAUUGGGACGGUGAGGAUAUGACAGUGGAGGAGGAUUAUCUCGAGAGAGCAUCGUCAUCCACAAUCGGAAUCAACGGUGCCAAUCGAUCGAGCAAAAGAGGAAUAUUCAUCCGUAAGAGACGUACCAAAGUCAAGCCACAGAAAGCAGUAGAGAGUUUCUGUAGUUACUACUUCCUCUUGGUGCUCGGUAUGAUGAUACUGUUCCUCGUUCAAUUCCAAAAGGUGAACACCGAUAUCAGCAUUGACCUCCGAGCAUACGGACAAGCAUCGACCGACUACGAUCUCAAAGAACCAUACUCGGAAAUUGAAUAUCUAAAGAUAAUCGAUUCAUCUCCACUUCAAAUAACUGUUGAUAUUUUUGGAUAUUCUGGUGAAUGUAAUCUUGAAGAGCUAACAUUGGCUGUAAAAGGUUGUCAAACACCAAAUUAUAUGGGAACUUGUCAUUACUCGUUGAAUGCAACAAAGAUAAAGUUAAAUUCAAAUGUUUCGAGGGUUGAGGACAAUACCAAUGUUUGUAGAUUCAACGCACUCUUUGAUAAGGGCAUAGAGUUUAGCGAUACCUCUUCGUUUGCCUUUGAAAUCACACCAUUCAUCAACUAUUUCUAUGCACAGAGAAUCAUCUACAACAUCUCGACAAUGAACAACGAUACACUCAUCAACACCGGUAAUUCAUAUGUAUCUGGAAUCAUACAGCCACAAGAAUUUACAAUUAUCAGACCUGAAGCAUCUAUCUCUGUUUUAUCAAUGUUAACAUUUAUGACAAGAUGUAAUAUUCAUUCAUCAAGUGAUGACUUUACACUUGUAAGACCAAUGGUUGAACGUUGUGAAUUCGAUAAACACAGUUAUAAGGAUUAUAGUUUUAUUUCCAAUUCCACUUCUUAUAUGGAACCAACGGAUUUCCAUGAUUCUCCGGCGUCUUUUGUCUUCACUGUCAACAUUGAAAAGAGUGUGUUCUUCCGAUAUGUAACGACUUCACACUCGGUCUCUUUUGGUCAAAUUGUGACUGUAAUUAUGUUUGCCAUGCUCGAUGUCUUCUGGUUGAUAGAGGUUAUCGUUCCAGUAGUCCAGACUAUCGUGGCACUCUUUGAAUCGGCACUCGACAACAACAAGCGAAAACAAUACGAUGAAAUUGGAACUGAUAUCGUAAAUGAAAUGGAUCCACUGGUUCAGGAACUUGACGAUGAGGAUGACGAGGAUGCAAGUGGAAAUGUAAGACAAAUGUUUCAAGACCGAGGUCGAGUAUGUCUGGCCAAGUGCAAACAUUGUAUAACAACUAAACCAAUCUUUUAUAACAAAUCAGUUGCUAAUGAGGAAUGCGACGAUAGUAAUUUGGUGGCUGAUGAAUAA